CCGCCUGGGCUGCCUGGGGGGGCGACUGCGCGUCACCCAGACUGAGGAGCGCCGGGGAUUUAAAUGCCACUGAAACGGUGAUCCAUCACCGCGCGAGCCAGCAAACUUUCGCAGGAGGCUCCGCCAUUGGUUUAUUUAGUCACGUGCCCCUCCCCAAGCGCCCUCCGCCCUCCCGCCCCCCCUCUGGCGCACUGUACAUUCAUAUCAUUUUUCUUCUCCGGCCCCAUGGAGGAAGUGAGAAAGUUGGCACGGUCAACCAGGGCUUCACAGGACCCGGUCACUCAGUGACAGAUGGACAAUGCAAGAAUGAGCUCCUUCCUGGAAUACCCCAUCCUCAGCGGUGGCGACUCGGGGACCUGCUCAGCGCGAGCCUACCCCUCCGACCAUGGAAUUACAACUUUCCAGUCGUGUGCAGUCAGUGCCAACAGCUGUGGCGGCGACGACCGCUUCCUAGUGGGCAGGGGGGUGCAGAUCAGCCCGCCCCACCACCACCAUCACCACCACCAUCACCACCCCCAGCCGGCCACCUACCAGACUCCCGGGAACCUGGGGGUGUCGUACUCCCACUCGAGUUGUGGUCCAAGCUACGGCGCGCAGAACUUCGGCGCGCCUUACAGCCCCUACCCGUUAAAUCAGGAAGCAGAAGUAAGUGGUGGGUACCCCUCGUGCGCUCCCGCUGUUUACUCUGGAAAUCUCUCAUCUCCCAUGGUCCAGCAUCACCACCACCACCAGGGUUAUGCCGGGGGCGCGGUGGGCUCGCCUCAGUAUAUUCACCACUCAUAUGGACAAGAGCAUCAGAGCUUGGCCCUGGCCACGUAUAAUAACUCCUUGUCCCCUCUCCACGCCAGCCACCAAGAAGCCUGUCGCUCCCCUGCAUCAGAGACGUCUUCUCCAGCGCAGACCUUUGACUGGAUGAAAGUCAAAAGAAACCCUCCCAAAACAGGGAAAGUUGGAGAGUACGGCUACGUCGGUCAACCCAACGCGGUGCGCACCAACUUCACCACGAAGCAGCUCACGGAGCUGGAGAAGGAGUUCCACUUCAACAAGUACCUGACGCGCGCCCGCAGGGUGGAGAUUGCCGCGUCCCUACAGCUUAAUGAGACCCAAGUGAAGAUCUGGUUCCAGAACCGCCGAAUGAAGCAGAAGAAACGAGAGAAGGAGGGCCUCUUGCCCAUCUCUCCGGCCACCCCGCCGGGAAGCGAGGAGAAGGCCGAGGAAUCCUCAGAGAAGUCCAGCUCCUCGCCCUGCGUUCCUUCCCCAGCGUCUUCUACCUCAGACACUCUGACUACCUCCCACUGAGGCCGCCCCCAGCCCCAGACUCCACAGCCCAGGCUACUCCUCCGGCUGCGACUUCUUACCCAAAGCACAUUCUUAGCUUAUCUUCCUUUCCAUUUACAGCCUCUCUCUUCCUUUCUGAUCCUAUCUGGGGAGCUCCUGGCUAGAAUAAUGUGUUUCCAGAGAAUUCUAGACUAAAGGUUCAAUUGGUGGUGGUGGUGAUGGUGGGGCGUUAACUCCUUAAUGCAGAUUGGGUGCCAGCAUCAAUUUUCUGGUGGUCCUUAAUACCCCUCCCUACUUUUGGGAGAUUUCCACAGAACUUACUGUUCCUUUCAGAUGCCCUUUGGAAAAUAGUCUUCUUUGCCAGCAGAAACAUGUCAGAGGAAGGCCUCUCAUCUUUUAUCUAUCUGUAUAUUUACAGUUCUCCCCUACUUUGCCCUUAAAGUAGGAUGGAGAGAGAGGAGAGAUUCCAGGAGCUCACGAAGAAGAGAUGCACUAUGAUCAUGUUUACACAAUUAAUUCAUCUCUUAAUUUAAUUGUUUCAUGUGUGUGAGUUUGCUGGUUGUAAAUACUUUGUCCUGAGAGAUUUAUCUUUAUACAGAUUUUCUAGAAACGUUUAGAUUAAGCAACUAAAACAGGGUGGGGCAAACUCUCAAAGCUGGUACAAUUUUAGAUGUGAUUAUAGGUUAAACAAUUAAAGCCCUCAUUUAAACUCAAUCAGAUGCCUCCGAGGAUAGUCUCAAUUUCUUCUUUCAGUGAGUUCAGAAGGCCUGCAGAACACAAGGUUCAGAAACCUUGCUUCCUGUGCUGUCUCUCUUCAUCCCCACCCUUUCUGGUUUCUCUGGCCACACUCUAUUUAAAAUUUGUGCUGGAUUAUUGGGAACCUAAAAGUAUUCUUCAAAUCAGCUUCUUCCUUCCACAGUUAUCUUAGCUGGAUAUGAUUUAUUUUCAGCUCAGUUGUUAAUGUGAUGGAUGGCACAAUGAAUGUAUAUUUUGUGUGAUUCGUGAAUAGUCUUUUGCAUGUCGCACAAUGUUUUGAUGUCCCUAAAGUACCACACUGAGUUCUAUCAGUUAUUCUUUGUGAGUCUAUGAUAUUCCCCAUUUCCUGUACAAUCAUGAACAGCUCUGAGAUCCUGGAGUGAUGUGAUCCAGAGCAGAGUUUACGGGUCUUAAGAUGUCUGUAAUAAAUAUAUUCAAGUUUCA